UGUUUUCAUUGGGCUCAGUCCAUGUCUUUUCUGGGCCAGGGGAAAAGUCCACAACCAAAUCUUCUGCUCCAGGAGGAGGCAUCAGACAUUCACAUUGGUACUCUGCAAAUUUUAGGGUUAGGGUUUGCAAUCUGUUCAUCUUUGUUCCCUCAAUUUGGUUUGAACAACCUCCACCUUCCGACGAUGAAGAAGAAUGAGGAACGCAGCAAUAAUCAUGAUAAGAAGAAGAAGCACAUAAUGAUGAAGAAGAAGAACAUUUCGAGGUUGGGAGGAAGUGGUCUUUCGCUUGACGCCUUCGCCAAUGCAAAAUCCAAGAACAAUCACUAUAACCCAGCUAUCAUAAAGAAACAAAGAGAGUUCUAUAAAAAUGCUAAGAAUGUGAACAAGUUUAAGAAGUUGUUAAAGCAGCAGAAUGAUCCUUCCUUGGCUCAGAAACUGGUCGAGAAUGUAAAAGAAAGUGGAGAGUACAAGGACAAGGGUGAGAGGAGGAAGAAGAAUAGUUCCCUUAGUUUGGAAGAAUUGUACAAGAAGCAGCGUGAAGAGAAAGAGAAAGAAAGAAUGGAGAGAGAGGCAGUCCUUAGAGUAAAGAAGGAAGAGAGAGAACAAGCUGAAGUUCGGAGAAAGACUAUGCGGGAAAAAAUGCUUAAGAAGACACGAAAAGGGCAGCCUGUUAUGAAAUAUCGAAUUGAACAUCUUUUGGAGACUAUUCAAGGUUCAACUAAAAAUGGAGCAGCUGACAGGAAAUCUUGAGUAGAAAAUAUCCGAUUGUGGAGAAUGUUUCUCCUGUUGAAUAUAUUCCUUCUGUUGAAUUUUAUCAGCAUCGUAAUGUUUUUGGUUAAUAACACAACUGACAUUAAUUCGUGGAGGGAGCUUGGGUAGAAGAUGCCGAGGAACGAUGAACUGCUUAAUGAUAUAUUGAUUAUAGCAUAUAUGAUCGUGCUAAAUAUUGUUCGUCCCAAUUUUGUGUAGACAAUAUAUUUCCGUUUCAUUCAUGUCAUGGUUGUAUUGAAUUUUGUACCAAAAUGCUAGUUAAUGUCGCAGUCGUGAUAAUCAUUGUAAACGGUGAAUACGUUUCAGUGGGCAUUUGCGCCAAUAUAGAAAUAGUUAAAUAUGAAAUGCAGUUAUAUUUCCAGUUUCA